AUGAAGCAGGCAUCCGAUAAGCAUUUCCGCUGCACCAUUUGUCAGCGCGGCUUUACGCGAAUCGAUCAUCUGAAGAGGCAUCACUUGCGUCACUCGGGCCUCAAGCCCUAUUCAUGCAUUUUCUGUAGCGAGGCCUUUGCACGAUGUGAUAACCUGCGUGACCAUUACCCCGACUGUCCCAAGCGAGGGGACCGGCAGAUCCCCGAAACCGGCCAGAGAGGGCGAAGGCGCCAUGCCUGCGAAUCGUGCACUGCGAUGAAACUCCGCUGCGAUGGCGAGAGCCCUUGCAGCUCGUGCAUCAAGAGGAACCUCAAGUGCAACAACCAGCGCAAAAAGCCUGCGACGGGAGCAGAGAGCGCCAAACCACUGACCUCGGUCAAGUCUGAAGAUUACGACCAAUCCUCCGACCGUGGCUCGAUCAAGUUCCUCCUCAAUGGCGGCACGGACAGCUUUACGGAAAAGUUCAAUCUGCCUCCGCACAGCGACCGGACCCGGGGAAUGGUCUAUCACACCCAGAGGGAGUUGGAAGAAGUAACCAACCCGAUCGUUUCGUACCCUCUGGGCGGCAACCCCCCGGAAUACGGUCCGCCCUUUGUCGACGGCGAACACGACGACCUUUCCUUCUUCCAUGAGAAUUUCAUGUCGUUCAUCAACGGGCCGUUUGCCGAGUCGCAAAAGUCACUGCAGGAUCCGUUCACGGGCGGCAUGGCGCAUCAGCCGAUGCUACCCCCAGGACAGGAUCCCAACCUGGCCGUCGUCGGAGAGCAGCCGUUUUACGAACCGGAGAGCGCGUUCGCAACCACCUUGAUCCAAUCGAUCCUGGCCAGGUCAUGGACGGUCAAUCUCGACGCCAAGGCGCAGCAGGAGAUCUCGACCAACCUGCAUUUCCUCCUGACGACCUCGCGCAUCCGCAAGUUUAUCGGCCUGUAUUUCCGCUACUGGCACCCCAACUGCCCAAUCAUCCAUCUGCCAUCGUUCGACCCGGAGCAGGUCCCAACGCCGCUGCUGGCCUCGAUCGUGUUUAUGGGCGCCAUGUAUUCCAACGACGACCGGGAGACCUUCGUCGCGAGGCGGAUGCUGGAUUUCGCCGAGCUGUAUGUGUUCUCGACCGAGAUUUUUGCCUGCGAGAGUGAGGUCAGCCGGGUGUUUGUCGGGCGACCGAUGACAGAUGCGGAACGGAGAGACUGGGUGCAUUUCCAGCACUUCCAGGCCGCCUAUAUCAUGGUGGUCGUGCAGUACUGGGCGGGAUCGAAAGCGGCGCGCAAUCGAGCCAUGGAGAUCCGGUUCGGUGAGAUUAUCAGGAUUGCACGUAGUAUGGGCCUUACUGGCUGCCGCCAUCUUCCUGAAGAUCGCAUCCAUGAAAGCCUGUGGAUUCAGAAGGAGAGUCGCAUUCGCACGAUCAACAUCAUCUUGCUGCUCGACUGUGCCUUUUCGUUCUACCAGAACUACCCCUGUCGCCUGACGCCUUCGGAGAUGGAGUGCGACCUGCCCUGCGAGAAUGCCUUCUUCAACUCGGAGCAUCCCUUUGCGCAGCCCAACUUCCGGUUCAGCCGGGAAACCACCGUCUACGAUGCGUUCCAGUUCCUUUUUGCAGAGGACCAGCCGAUCAACCAGUCGUCCAACGGAGCGAGCAACGUGAAAUUUACCGUUCUCGACAUGUUUAUUCUGAUUCACCUUCUCUACGCGUUCAUCAACUCGCACAUGACGCACCUCAUCCCCCUGAUGCGAAUCCGGCAAGCGAAGCAGCAAGCCUCCGAGUCGUCCUCCCCGAGCGAAAACAAAAACCAACGCAGCAACCACUCGAUGCCCGAGGACUCGAUCCUGACGUCGAUCCGCACGGCGCUGGCGCGGUGGCGCACGCUGUGGAUGGCGCUGCGCACUGAGAUCCCGCACCACGAGUGGGCGUCGAUGGGGUUCUACAAGAACGGGUACAACUUCUGGCUGGUGGCGCAGCUGCUGAUCACGAAGAAGCACAGCGUCGACGUCACCAUGCAGAUGGAGGUGAAAUGCGAGGACAAGCUGGAGAAGCUUAAAGUGUUGUUGCAGGAUGACAACGACUGA